AUCCAAAAUCCACCGAAAAGGGCCAAAUCUCACUCUGCCUGUUUUCAACACCCUCAAUCAUCCGCCUAUUCUCCUUCUCGACCAACAGCAACGAACAUUUUAUUUAUUUAUUUAUUUUUAAUUUCUUCUUCUUAUUCUUCUCCUUUUCUUGUUCAUUUUUCCCCUAAUAAAAUCUUUUUAGGCCCCAUGCUUCUUAUCUGAUUUGAUAUUUCUCACGCUCUAUCUUUUUCUUUUUCUCUCUCUCUUCUUUUAAUAUUGUCCCCUCCCCCUCUUCCCCCUCCAAAAACAUUCUGUUUCAAACCCUAAUUUCCCGUCCGUACGCCAUCUUCCUGCUAAAUCCACCGGCGCGUCUCAUUUCGAUUAAUCACUUUUCUUUUUGAGGUUCGUCGAUCAUUCGAUCAUCGCCGUCAGAUCAAUUUUUCGGUUUAUUAAUCGUUUGUUGUGGAUUUUGAGGGGGAGAUCGGGGUUUAGGUUACGGAUUCGGAUCCGAGGGGAAAUAUGAGUAAUCAGAAGAAGAGGAACUUUCAGAUAGAGGCGUUUAAGCACCGGGUCGUGGUGGAUCCAAAAUACGCUGAUAAGACCUGGAAGAUUCUGGAACAUGCUAUCCAUGAGAUUUACAAUCACAACGCUAGUGGCCUUAGUUUUGAAGAGCUUUAUAGGAAUGCCUAUAAUAUGGUGCUGCACAAAUUUGGUGAAAAGUUGUAUUCUGGUCUGGUUUCAACUAUGACUUCACAUCUUAAAGAAAUAUCAAAAUCUAUUGAGGCUGCUCAGGGAGAUUCAUUUUUGGAGGAGCUGAACAGGAAAUGGAAUGACCAUAACAAAGCGUUGCAAAUGAUAAGGGAUAUAUUGAUGUACAUGGAUAGAACGUAUAUUCCAAGCACUCAUAAAACUCCUGUUCAUGAGCUUGGAUUGAACUUGUGGAGGGAUAAUAUCAUACAUUCCAGCAAAAUUCAGACAAGGCUUCUAAAUACACUUCUUGAACUAGUACAUAGAGAACGGACCGGUGAAGUUAUAGACCGAGGGUUGAUGAGGAACAUAAUUAAGAUGCUUAUGGAUUUAGGUUCAUUGGUUUACCAAGAGGACUUUGAGAAGCCGUUUCUUGAGGUUUCUGCUGAGUUCUAUAAGGUUGAAUCACAGGAGUUCAUUGAAUGCUGUGACUGUGGUGAGUAUUUGAAGAAAGCUGAGAAACGUUUGAAUGAAGAGAUAGAGCGAGUGACACACUACUUGGAUGCAAAGAGUGAAGUCAAGAUAACUAACGUGGUUGAGAAGGAAAUGAUUGCCAACCACAUGUUGAGUUUAGUUCACAUGGAGAAUUCAGGCCUGGUAAAUAUGCUUCUUGAUGAUAAAUAUGAGGACUUGGGAAGAAUGUAUAACUUGUUCCGUCGGGUUCCUAAUGGUCUUCUAACAAUACGAGAAGUGAUGACUUCCCACCUAAGGGAGACUGGUAAGCAGCUAGUUACUGAUCCAGAAAGGUUGAAGGAUCCAGUGGAAUUUGUUCAGCGUUUGUUGGAUGAAAAAGAUAAAUACGAUAGCAUCAUAAGUUUGGCAUUCAGCAAUGACAAGACAUUCCAGAAUGCUUUGAAUUCCUCUUUUGAAUAUUUUAUUAAUUUGAAUGCUCGCUCUCCUGAAUUCAUUUCAUUGUUUGUGGAUGACAAGCUUAGAAAAGGUCUAAAGGGAGUUAGUGAGGAGGAUGUGGAGGUUAUUCUUGACAAGGUGAUGAUGCUGUUCCGCUACUUGCAGGAGAAGGAUGUAUUUGAGAAGUAUUAUAAACAGCAUUUGGCUAAGCGACUGUUAUCAGGAAAAACUGUCUCUGACGAUGCAGAGAGAAGUUUGAUAGUCAAACUCAAGACUGAAUGUGGAUAUCAAUUCACCUCGAAAUUAGAAGGCAUGUUUACUGACAUGAAGACCUCCCAGGAUACUAUGCAAGGGUUUUAUGCAAGCCAUCCUGAGCUAGGAGAUGGACCUACACUGGUUGUCCAGGUUUUGACAACAGGAUCUUGGCCAACUCAGCCUAAUGUUACUUGCAACUUGCCUGCUGAAAUGUCAGCACUAUGUGAGAAGUUCAGGUCAUAUUACCUUGGUACCCAUACCGGUCGGAGACUGUCCUGGCAAACUAACAUGGGCACAGCAGAUGUUAAAGCAACUUUUGGGAAGGGUCAGAAACAUGAGUUGAAUGUAUCUACAUUCCAAAUGUGUGUUCUUAUGCUGUUCAAUAAUGCUGACCGGCUUAGCUACAAGGAGAUUGAGCAGGCAACAGAGAUUCCUGCUUCAGACCUAAAGAGGUGCCUGCAAUCCAUGGCAUGUGUAAAAGGGAAAAAUGUACUUCGGAAAGAGCCCAUGAGCAAAGACAUUGGUGAGGAAGAUGCAUUUUUUGUCAAUGACAAGUUCACAAGCAAAUUCUACAAGGUGAAGAUAGGAACUGUAGUAGCACAAAAGGAAUCAGAACCUGAAAAGCAGGAGACUCGGCAGAGAGUGGAGGAGGACAGAAAGCCUCAGAUUGAAGCAGCAAUAGUUAGGAUCAUGAAAUCAAGGAGGGUUUUGGACCACAACAAUAUAAUUGCCGAGGUCACAAAGCAGUUGCAGUCACGAUUUCUGGCCAACCCCACGGAGAUUAAGAAACGUAUUGAGUCUCUUAUUGAACGAGAUUUCUUGGAGAGGGAUACCAUUGACAGAAAAUUGUACCGUUAUCUUGCUUGAAGGGAUAGCUUGAGCAGGUGACUCUUUUUUCUUCUUGUGGGAUGGUUUAAGCAUUGCCAAUUGGACUUGUACCUUGGUAAGUGGAAAAUUGUUAUAGUUCCGCAAGUUUAUUGGAUUUUAAUGAAUACCAUUUAUUUCUGCUUUCAUUAUUGCCUGCAAUGCUGUUAACUGGCCUGAAAAUUUUGGCCAAAUGUAUAAUGUUUCUUCCUUGGCCGUUUUCCUAAUUCAAAAGGAUGUCAAUAAUUAGAUGACUGCAGUGCUUGUAGUAUUAGUAGUGGAGAUAGCAGGGGGGGCGUGUCCAUUCAUAUUUGGUUCAACUGAAUAUUGACAGGUGCAAUAUUUUAUGUUCAUCAUUUAGAAAUUUUCAUGAAAGAGCUGUAUUAGAUUUCUUGAAGAUUGCAUCUUGAUUUUUGAUUUGACUACAAAGAGAGGCUAUGUCUUUGAUUUGACCACCAGGGGAACGUAUUAUUUUUGGCAAAUUUGAAGCCUUUCUUCUGUGUCUUAGCAGGAGUUGCCUAUGUAAAAUUUUGUACAGGCGUUGCAUGUGCCUGAAUUGCGUAAGCUUUAUAUUUCAGAAUGUGUUAGUUCGAAGUGAUUAAUAUUGAUGCUCUUGGAUUCUGGUA